UAUUUAUACAGCGAUAAAAUAUUGCUGUUAUGUGAAAGAAAGCAGUGUGUUCCCGAGAAUAUGUGGAAACGUAAAUUCAAACAACUUGUAGCAUUGUAAAUCGGGUCUCUUGCAUCCAUGCUAGUUUCCGUUUUUCGGUUUCCGUAGCAGAAAACCGUGAAGUGUAAUCGCGCAGUAGAACAGAGUGAUUUUCCAGUGCGUAGCACCUUUGUUUUUGUCUGUGCAGAAGUCGGUGAAGUAUUUUCUUGGUGCAAAAAGUGCAAGUGAUGUGUGCCACUGCUGGUUAGCAUAGUUAAAACGCAGUUUUUCCACUAGCUCACUAUUGUUCCCUAUAGAAUUCUACUCUCUUUCAUUCUCGUCCAAACCCUUGCGUGAAAAGGUACUGUGUGGAUUCGGAUGUGCAUGUGUGUGUAUGCGGGGAACGAUUGCAAUGUUUUCAAUCGCCAAGACAAUCAUGGCGACGGCUGCUUAGUGAUUACGUCCUCGCGAUCCACGGUCCGCAGUAGUGAAGUGUACACUUUCAUUCGUUGCGUCCAUGUACGCAGGGAUUCAGUGUUGCUUCCGAUGGAAAGCGAGCAGGAAAUGAUUCAUUCCUGUCAAUAAUUACGGGCAAAGGAAACGGAUUUGUUUUGACUCUUUGUUUUUUCGUUCCAUUUUGCGAUCAGUUGUCGUCUGUAUGAAGCUGUCGGUGUUUACUACGGUGUAAAAGUGUGUGCAACGCGUCGAGUGGAAAAGCGGAAAAUCAUUGCAAAGAUCUUUUUUCUUCCCCCGGAAGGUAUACAACAACCCAGCAGCUGAUGCUUAUUAGUGGAUGUAAUUCGUGAUACUGUGUGCAUCCUUGUGGAAGGAUUUCAGAAACUAUAAUUAAACAGAAACACAAGAGAAGAAACUGAUCCACGAUUAGUGGUAUUAUUUUGCAUUCCAUUCAUUUCUGGUGUGCAAGAGCAACGUAUUUUCAGUUCUGGUUAUGUGAAGACAAUCGUAAUACGCACCCGUACCUGAUGCAUUAGUCUAGCCUCAUUUUGUCCAACUACCAAUGCCGGCCAGCUGAGUGUGGUGUGUUAGACAUGAUCAAUACCAUCAUCAUCACUCUCCUAGAGCCGGACAGGCGCUAGAGAGUUGUGAAUUUCAUUCUUUAGUCGUGUAUACUACGAGGAGCAAAGAAGAAUUAGGCGAGACGUGAAAAAGAGAGAACGGCUUGCUAAAAGGGUAUCAGAAACACGGACUCCAGGAGUGAAAUAGGCGGUCAGCAGAGAAGUCCAAGAACUUAUAUAUAGUACAGCCGAUUAUCAGCGUAAGGGUGUUCGCCCUAUAGCGAAGCAUAAUCGGAAUAAGCAUGCCGCCAGAGUUGGUGAUAAUGCCGGACGGUUCGGAGCGUAUACCGAAUGGCCAGCAUCAAAACCGGUACCAUCGACAACGGAACAAAACCCUCGCUAAUCAUCGCCAAUCCUCGCGUCAUCAUCGAGUGAUGCUGUUGGUCGCAAUGGUCCUGAUGAUGCUGCAGCUGAUACCAUGCGCCCAAGCGGACAUUCUUGUCUAUCAGAUGCAGAACGAUCAGAUCAUCGAAGAAUUUCGCGACCUUCCGGCCACCUUUGGGGGUGACAUUCCUGAUUCCGGGCUGAAGGUUCUGGCCGACAAAGCCGAUCCACCGGAUGGUUGUAUGGAAAUGAGCGCCGCACCGAAUUCGACGAGCAAAUUUGCGGUAGUGAUUUCUCGCUACAACUGUUCGUUCGAGGUGAAGGUACGAAAUGCCCAACAGGCUGGAUAUGCCAUGGUCAUUGUACACAACGUGGGCAGUAACGAUUUGGAGCAUAUGUCUGCCAACCAUCCGCAGGAUCUGCUCAUCCCGUCGGUGUUUGUGGGCGAAAGCAGCGGACGCAGCAUCAUCGAGAUGUACCUGUACGAUCGAGGUUACGCACUUGUCAUCACCGAUGACAUCCCGUUCAACAUUAGCAACAAUCUGAUUAUUCCGUUCGCCAUUGUAGUUGGGUUGUGCUUUAUCAUUAUGCGUGUCUUGCAGGUGCUGUUCAUGAUUAUCCGUUGCAUUCGUGAACGCCGUCGACGGAUGCGGCAUCGGUUGCCUGCCCGUGUGCUCCGACGGAUCGGAAUUGUAAAGUUUGCCAAAGGCAUGAAUUUCGACGUUUGUGCCAUCUGUCUGGAAGAUUUUGUUGAAAACGAGCGAUUGCGGGUGUUGCCCUGUCGGCAUGCAUAUCACGCGAUCUGCAUCGAUCCUUGGUUGACAAAGAAUCGCCGCGUUUGUCCUAUUUGUAAACGGAAGGUAAUUAUACGCGGGGAAGCACGUCAACGACGCUACUCCAGCGACAGCAUGUCCUCUACGAAUGCGGACGAAUCGACACCACUGCUAAACUCGUCGGAUAACAGUGGAGCGAGUAGCGGUGGUGGUGCUGCUGCAGCAGCAGUAGUAACCGCGCCUCCUGCGACAUCGUCUUCCACACCAGUCACUCCCGGCAAUACGGUCCCACCAUCAAGGGACGCAGGUGGUGCAACGGCGCAAGGUGCUUCACCGCAAAGGGAACAGCAACAACUCCAGCAGAAUGCUGUUCCCAGCAGCCAUGUGAUGGAAGUGCCACCAUCGGACGAUGACGACGAGCUGUUGGAUGAUCGAAAUGUACCAAGUGCACGUUGGUUGUUGCGUGGCCGUACUUCCUCCCAACAACAGCAGCAACAGCAACCAUUAAACGAAUCACCUUAUAGUCCGAUUGGUGACAAUGUGGUUUCCUUCCCCCGUUGGAGGUUUUUCCAAAGAUUUUUCACAAGAUCUUCGACGCAGGCCGAAAACGUAGCCGACAUUCAACAGGAGCCACCGCCCAACCAGCCACCAUCGUCUUCGCCGGGAAAUCCCACCUCACCGUUAGGUACCGGUAACAACAUCCUCAAUGCGCAUCUGUCCGGUUCGUUCCACGGUUCGGAGGAUACGACCGAUGACGAGCUGCUCGAUGCAAUGCGCCGCGACAGGACAAAGCAUCGUCAGUUCCGCUCAGCACCGGACAUGCCCUCGACCAGCGUCGGAGCCCGUAUCGGUGUGAUCGCAUUGCCGAACGUGAAUUUUAACCCGGUCGGCGGGGUAGCAGCAGCGACAGCAGCACCAACACCAUCACCACCACCAACCGAACCUGCAUCCGGUGAUAGCAAUAGACGCGUCCCGAGGCGUUCGCGUCGGCAACGGUGGCACGACACGAAUGGCAACAAUAGCCACAUUGUGUAGAUAAACGGUUAAAUGCGUGGAAAAAAGCAGAAGGUGCGUGUGUGUAGUGUAGCCGUGGUGGGGGCUACGAAAGGCGAUGUGUGUUUUAGGAUAAUUUUAAACAGGAUAGCAAAUUGGAGUGUGAAUUACCCGCUGUACACGCGGAAGAACUAAAAAAGAGCACUACCGAUACACCUAUCAUUUAUCAUCAGAGCCAGCAUAAUGUGCGACCAUAUUGAUGUCGCUUACACACGUGAUAUAGAGUACAUAUAUAUGUAAGCAUAACAGCAAGAAAAGGAAAAAAGAGCAAGGAUUUUGUUUUUUUUUUAAGAUUUGGAACGUUCCCGACGAUGCCGUGUAACGCAAGAGCUAAUGCGCAAUACAACCACUAUAUCAACCCUGGUCGAUUAUCUUGUACGUGACUUGCUCCGCUGCAAGAUAUGAGACUCUCGAAUGAGUUAAAAUUAACAAACUUCCGAUUGUGAACUUUCUUUUGCUAGGUGCCCCUUAAGCCCCCGGCAUACUGUGUAUUGCAUUGCCUUAGUUUAGCCUUGCGGCUAUCAUCAACAUCAACCUGGCAAUCGUCGCUUUCUGUUGAUCUAAUUUACCUUAUUACCUUUUACAAGUAUAUAGUCAUUCGCAUAUUAUUCGUAUUCGUAUGUUUUCAUUUUACUAACCGGAACUGAUGAGUAGUGCUGAGCAGGAAAAAAGGUCUGUAUUGAUCAGGCGCAAGGUGGUGAGUGUCAUGGAAAGAUGAAACAUUCAGUUUUGUGUGGUUGGCAAGAUAGGGAAAAUACGCAAUACCAAUGUAAAUGUGAUUUUGAGUGUUGAUUUGUUGAAAAAAGCACAUGAGUAGACAACGUCAAGUGCAACGCGUUGUUAGUGUCAUAUUACACUCAACUCAACGUUCAUCUUCCAAGCAGUGGUUCUUAUUUUUAAUUCGCAACGCACUAAACGUGCGAAGCGGUGCAGAAGAGCUAGGCCCCAAACCAGUAGACCAGUAGCAGUAUCUCCGAUUACUCACGAUCAUAAGUAGAGCUUCUUUUGUGUUGCGUCGUCCGAUCCAAACCCCGGAAUUAGAUCCCUCUAAGCGGGCGCCAUCGUCCAUUGGCUCCCAUCUGUGGUUAGUAGUGCUAGAGCGGCGUUAUAAACCCAAAAUGGGUAGUUAUGUAGCGGAUUAGGAAUAAAUAACAUUCAAAGUAAACACAAUCCGUGCGUGUGCGGAUGUGUAUGUGUAACGUGAUGUGUGUAGUAAGUGAACAAAUGAGUAAAUGAAAAGGCACUUUAAGCGACGUACUUUAGUUGAACGGAAAUAGUAAUAGAAAAUGUGCAAGAGUUCAGCUUGCACUAGAAUAACUAUCAACGUCCUUCAAAAGGAGUUGUGAACAGGCAAACAAAAAAUACACACACAGAAGAACUCAUCUCAUGACCGAGGCGUAAAACUCUGAUUGUAACUACUGAAUUCAGCAAAACAAACAACCAUCAUCGAGAACACGGAAUUUACAAUAAAGUGAAACACUA